ACGGCAGCUUAAACUAUGAAAGCACCCUCUGGUCUCGGUCUAGCCUAUAAGAAAGCUGUGUCCUGUGCCUUGUGCUUUGCCCCGGACCAAAGCAUUAGCACGCUCCUCCACAGUCCUCCCCUCUGCCUGCCCCUGUGUGGCUUUGCCGUUUCCCGUCCCACAUUCGUCGUCGGCGGUACAGUAUUCGUUUCCUCUUGGGGGUGGGGAGCGAUGGGACCUUGGAGGCGUCCGUGCGUCGGCGCUCUCCUGGCGUGCGCCGCCAUUGCGGCUUCUUGCUGCUGCUUCCAGCUCCAGGGCGCUGAUGCGGCGGCGAGCCCGUCGUUCGGGGACAACUUCGAGAUCACCGGCGCCAAGGACCACGUCAAGACCUCCCCCGACGGCCAGACGUGGUACCUCUCCCUCGACAACAAGACGGGCGUCGGGUUCCAGACGAAGCAGAAGUACCUGUUCGGGUGGUUCAGCAUGAAGCUCAAGCUCGUCGGAAACGACUCCGCCGGCGUCGUCACCGCCUACUACAUGUGCUCGGACCUUGACGCUGCGCCGGAGCGCGACGAGCUGGACUUCGAGUUCCUGGGCAACCGCACCGGCGAGCCGUACAUCAUCCAGACGAACGUGUACCGCAGCGGCGUGGGCGGGCGGGAGAUGCGGCACUCGCUGUGGUUCGACCCCACCGCCGACUUCCACAGCUACUCCAUCCUCUGGAACCCCAAGCAGAUCGUGUUUUUCGUGGACAAGGUGGCGAUCAGGGAGUACCGGAACUCUGCCAAGCCCAACAAGUUCUUCCCGAUCAUGAAGCCCAUGUACGUCUUCUCCAGCAUCUGGAACGCCGACGACUGGGCGACGCGCGGGGGCCUGGAGAAGACGGACUGGACCAAGGGGCCCUUCGUCUCCUCCUACAGCGACUUCACCGCCGACGCCUGCGCCUGGCCGUCCGGCCCGGCCCCGCCGGCCUGCGCGGCCGCCACCGGGGACAGCUGGUGGGACCAGCCGCCGGCGUGGGCGCUCGACGACGGCCAGCGCCGGGACUCGGGCUGGGUGGCCAGGAACCUCGUCAUAUACGACUACUGCGGCGACCGCAAGAGGUUCCCGACCGUGCCGGAGGAGUGCGCGCUCAGGACCACGACUAGCUAGCUAGCUCCCUGGAGUACUUCUUUCUCUCUCGCUUCACCCUCACGUGCAUGAUUCUUUUUUUGGGGGGUGGCGUCUCGUACGUGGUGUAGCUAUCGAUUGGUGGAUGGAUUUUAUUCUUUUCUUUUGCGAUGAUGAUGAGGUGCACAUGCGGACGUGCAUGUAUGGUGAUGCGGCAAUUGAUUGCCCGGGGUGGCUCAGCUCUCAUGUGAUGUGAGGAAGAUGAUGAAUUUUUUGUUCCGAUGCCAUCCAUGCGAUGGCCCAAAACUUCAUGGGAAUGGUCCCAUGAUAAUCAGCUUGGA